AGGCCAGCUGUCAAAAUACAGAGCUGCUCUAGCCCUAGGGUUAGGAAGCGAUUAAAGAUUGUGAUGGAAGGGAAGGAGGGGUCUUUGGUUCCGAGUCCUGCCAGGGUUCUAAGUGCCCAAUAUCAAUUUUGGAUCAACAGGGAUAGGUGUUGAUUAGGAGCGUGCAUUCCUUAUUUGACAGCUUGGUAUUGCAGUACCCUAACCUCUAAUCAAUAGGCAGCAAACACACCAUUCCAGCACAAUUUCCAUGGAAACCAACAGAGUCUUUUUCUAUUGGAGGGCUUGCAGCGUUACGAUCCUCCUAGGUGUAAGUCCUGUGUUAAUAUUGAUGACUUUGUGUUAUUUGGGCUGGUGAUUUUGGUGAUUCCACGGCUGGCGAUGGAGCUUGGACUGGAAAAAUCUGGCAGGCAACACGGACAGAUUCCUUGGAGCAGUAAGGGCUGACAACUUCCCCAACCCCUCCACCUACGUCAUUGCUUCAGCGUGUGCGAGUAUGAGGCAAGCACCAGAUCGGACAAGGCCUCCAUAGCACAGAGCUGCAGAUGAGCAUCAGACCCUGAACAAAUAAAUAGACCUGCUGGAUGCUGUUUGUUCUGGACUCGAGAAGGGAGAUCCUGCUGAGCGAUGACAGAGCCUGUGCAUUGAGGAGCUGCAGCUGAGAAGAGCGCUGAGCCUGAUAUUCUGCAGCUCAUUUUGCAGCCUUUGUAUGAUGGAGAGGGGAGGGGGGGCUUGCACUGUGGAUCUUCUGCUUGCCAAACCUUUGACAGAUCAAAAUGAGGAUGAUACAAAACAAGCUUUUCUCAGCAGAGAGAUGCUUCCCUUUCCUCUGAUCCUAGUAGUGAAGAAAUACAGUGCAGUGUAUUCCUGGGACUCUCUCUUGUUUGCUGGCUGUGAUGCCUUCUGGGUUUUUAUCCUACCCCCUGGAGCUGUGUGAUUGCAGUAAAGUCAUUGCUCUACCUAGGGUAGGAUCUGCGCUGGAGAGAAGCAUUUUCCCCAACAGAAAGCCAUGGAGAAGCAGGAAGAAAUGAAGUCACAUGCUGCUUUAGUACAGGUGUCGGCAUGGCAGAGCUGUCUGUCAGGGCAUGGUAGCCUAGUACCUGGGGCUCCUGCUGUUCAGGACACAGCCUUGGUGACAGAUCUGCAGGAAGAUGGAGUCCCUUUGGGAGAUGCUGGCAGCAGGGUAGCUCUUCAUCUGACACCUGAGAUGCCAGAGGCUGGGCUGGAGGAGGUCGGACACCAGUCAGUCCUGGUCAUAUCCCAAGAAGGCUGUCUCUGGACCCUAGGGCAACAAAAUCAGCCAGUUCAGUCUCUGGAGAGCACUAACCCUCAGUGUGUGAUGGAGGGACUUGGGCAAAACCCAGCGGACGGAUCCCCUAAGAAUGGUGCUGAUUACAGCUAUUUGGUGAAACAGAACAUAAAGCUCUUGAGUGCACUGGAGGAGUUACAGCACCGCUGUACCAGCCUGAAGGAGGAAAACAGCCUACUGCGUAAGAGCUGCUUUCCUGAGACGGAGGAGAAGGUGAAGCAUCUCAAGAGGAAAAAUGCGGAGCUGGCGGUGAUUGCUAAGCGCCUGGAGGAAAGAGCAAGAAAACUCCAGGAGGCAAAUCUCAAAGUAGUAAAUGCUCCAGUGGCUGUGAAGGGCUCUAGCCUUGAGCUGUGUAAAAAAGCAUUUGCUCGCCAACGUACCAAGGACCUGACGGAACAAGCCAGUGCCCUCUUGGCAAAAGAUAAACAGAUUGGAGCUUUGCAGCAGGAGUGUUGGGAGCUGCAGGCAAAGCUUACAUCAGGGAAGGAGGGUCAUCAUUGCCUGAACCUCAUUGACUUUGAUCAUCUAUUGCGGGAAUCUCAGAAGGAAGUGUUACGGUUACAGAGACAGAUUGCACUGAAGAAUUUCAAAGAGUCUCUACAUUCCUCUAAAUCCAGUUCAGAAGGCUCCUUCUCAACUGCUGCCAUGUGCUUGGGACCAUCUGUGCCAAUGCCAAAUGCCUGCAUAAAAGAUUCUUCAAAGGGGGUUCAAUUAGGAAAGCUGACACUAGCAACGGAAGCGCAUAGGAAGGUGGAACCAGGAGUGCUACCUUUGGGCCAUACCUGUGAAGAACUUGAAAACUUCCCUUUGAAAAAUGCAUUAGCAGACCAAGAGGGUAGACAGCAACGAGAGCAGUUGGAAUUUGAACUCAGGAAAAAGCGUAAAAAAUGUGAAAAUCUUGAACAUGAAGUGAGGAAAAAGCACAAAAGAUGCAAAGAACUGGAACUCCAGUUGGAGGAGGUGCAAAGUGAAAAUGUACGACUGGCUGAGCAGAACUCUCGACUUAAUGAGAAGGCUGAAUGGGCAGGACAGGUUGAAUCCGAGAAUGCCGACCUGAAGCUGCAGGUAGUUUUAGUCACUAAGGAACGGGAUUCUGCAAUUCAGACGAGCCAAGGACUCCAAACCAAGCUGGAGAAUUUAGAGCAGGUGCUGAAGCACAUGAGAGAUGUGGCAGAGCGAAGGCAGAAGCUGGAGGUUGAACAUGAAGAAGCACUGCUAGUAUUGCGGGAGAAACAAGAGGAAGUCAGGCGGCUGCAGCAGGCCCAGGCUGAGGCAAAAAGGGAGCAUGAAGGAGCAGUACAGCUAUUAGAGGCCCGGGUGAGAGACCUUGAGGAUCAGUGCCGCAGCCAAACAGAACAGUUCAGUCUCCUCUCUCAGGAACUCAAACACUUCCGACUACAAACAGGAAAGAUUGACCUUCUCACCUCCACGUUGGUGACUUGUGAUCUUCCACUUGCUCCCUGUUCUUCCACCCCGCAGCCACAGGGUGGUCAUUGGGAGAAGGAUCCUGAUGUUGCCCCUGCAUCUCCUGCUCUUCAGUGCAGUAAGACAACUAAUGAUGAAGGGACUGCGGAGUUGGAGCCGUUACCUCAGAUCUCUGACCCCGCACCUAGCGUCACCAAAAUUCCACUCCCAAGCGCUGCUGCCUCACAGAAGCCGGCCAAGAAAAUGGAGUCCCAAUCAAGCUCUUCAAAAUCAGAAUCAAUGCAGAACAGUCCAAAGUCCUGCCCCACUCCAGAGGUGGACACUGCAAGUGAAAUGGAAGAACUGGAUGUUGAUAGCGUCUCUCUAAUUCCAGAGCCAGGGAACCAAGGCCCUGCAAAACUCCAGGUCUUCUUAGCUCGAUACAGCUAUAAUCCUUUCGAUGGACCUAAUGAAAACCCAGAGGCAGAGCUCCCUCUGACUGCUGGAGAGUAUAUUUACAUCUAUGGGGACAUGGAUGAAGAUGGCUUCUUUGAAGGGGAGCUGAUGGAUGGCAGGAGAGGGCUGGUCCCUUCAAAUUUUGUUGAACGAGUUUCAGACGAUGACCUCAUGACCUUUCUGCCUCCCGAGCUAAAUGAUCUUACUCAUAGCUCAUACCAUGAGAAGAGUUUUGUCAGUACAAGCACCAGCAGUGGAGACAAAAGUGAUUAUUCUGCUGAAGAAACCAGUGUCAGCCCAUUGCCCGGUAGGCUAGAAGGAGACCAGGACGAGCCGGUUAGUCACACAGCAGUGCCUUAUCCAAGAAAGUUGGUUCUGAUCAAACAGCUUGCCAGAAGUAUUGUUGUAGGCUGGGAACCACCGCUUUUGCCAGCCGGCUACCCAGAGAUACAAAGCUACAAUAUUUAUGUGGAUGCAGAGCUAUGGCAGAAUGUGAAGAGUGGCCCUCAGACCAAAGCCAUUGUUGAGAAGCUGGACUUAAAGACAAAAGCCUACCGGAUCUCUGUGCAGAGUGUGACGGAACAAGGCAGCUCUGAUAGGCUGCGAUGCACUUUCUUCGUAGGGCAAGAUUUCUGCAUAGCCCCCACUCUGCUGAAAGUCAGAAACAUCACAGCCACAUCAGCAGAGGUCACCUGGCUUCCAUGCAACAGCAACUACAAUCAUGCUGUGUACCUCAAUGAGGAAGAGUGCGACACAAUAAAGCCAGGUGUCUACUGGUACACCUUCCACAACCUGCACCCUAACACUCAGUAUGUUGCCAAGGUGGAGACCCGGCCCCCAAAGAUGCUCUGGGAGUUGCCCCUGGAGAAGCAUGAGCAGAAGUCAGCAGUGGUACACUUCACUACUCCAUUAGCAGGAAUUCCUGAUGCACCCCUUGAUGUCCAGGUGGAACUUGGUCCUUCACCAAGUAUUCUGGUUAUCAGCUGGCUGCCUGUUACCAUUGAUGCAGAAGGGUCAUCAAAUGGAGUGCGAGUUACUGGUUAUGCGGUGUACGCUGAUGGACGGAAGGUGAUGGAAGUCACCUCUCCAACAGCAGGGAGUGUCCUAGUGGACCUGUCCCAGCUACAGAUGUUCCAAGUGUGCCAGGAGGUGUCUGUAAGAACUAUGUCUGUUUAUGGAGAAUCAGUGGAUUCAGUGCCAGCCCAAAUCUCCUCAACUCUGCUGAAAGCUUCUAGUCACUGCUCACCACCACAGUCUGCUGUUUCUACCACUUCUACCUCCAAACUCCUCUGUGGAGAGUCCAGGUACUCUCUGCCUGUGCAAACCCCAGUGACAUAUCAGACAGCUCCACCCUUCCCACCACAGAAGGUUUCCACUGACGCAAAAUUCACCAUCUACACCACCUCCAGCUGUGAAGGCUCAAUAGAUUCUCUGCCAGAAAAGAUGUCCCUAUGCUUGCACCCAUCUUCUCCCAGUGCUUCCUCAAUGCAAGUGACAGGAACCUUGUCAUCCAUGUCAGAUGCCUCAAGAGAGGAGGAAUGCCUGACUGACCUUCCACAGUCUGCCAGCAACAUGUUCCCUGCAGGAAUGAGUGAAGAAGAACUCGUAGCGUCCAGGAACCCAGCAGUGAAGGGCUCUGGUGAAGACAGCCAGGCAGAGGUGAUGGUGGAGCUCUUUGUAAUGAAAAACCUUGAGCUGGAAAGCCAGACCAACACCAGCAACAUGAAGGUGCCUGUGGAGACCUGCCAGGCAUGUUUUGCAGAGGAGUGGUUGAAAGAAUCAACCACUGAAAGAGGGAGAGAGGGAACUGAGAAGUGCUCGAGUCCAGAGCCUCAACUCUCCAGCAAUUCAGCUAAGCUGGGGGAGGACAGCUACAGAGACUUAGAUGCGAGUGGGAGCUAUGUUCAAGAGCUGCUAGGAAUGUCCCCUGGCAAGAAACUGAUGAAAGAAAUCUCCAGAGGGGACUCUUCUGUGACGGUGCCCAGAGUCAAGAGAGAGCAAGAAGAAAAAAUGUCUGAAGCAGGAAGACGGCAGCUGAAUAUUCUUGCUGAGCACAGCCGCAGCUCUGACCUUUCAGAUAUUUUGGAGGAGGAGGAGGAGGAGCUAUGUUCAGAUGUCCUAGAAGAAAAAUGGGAUCUGAAGGAACACUGCAGCAGAGAGAAUGGGGAAAAGCAGGAACCUUGUGACACCGACAGCGAUGAGGAAAUUUUGGAGCGGAUUCUGGAGCUUCCAUUGCAGAAAAACUGCAGCAAGAAAUUGUUUAGCAUUCCUGAAGUGACUGAGGAAGAGGAUGAAGGGGAAGAAGAGGAGGAGGAGAAACAAGCUCAGGUGGAAGAGAGAGAACCCCAAGACUAUUUCUUGGAAAGACUCCCCUACCAUGCAGGAAAGGAAGAGGUUCCCAUCUCCACUGUCAACCAGCAGCUAUUUCCAAAGACAGAUGACAGCGAUAUCUAUCAAAACCUUCCCAGUCAGGCUCCCCAGGAGGAGAGCAUCCUUCAAGACAGAGGGGAGGACACUGACAAUGAGAACCCUGGCUCUCCAGAGCCAAGCUGGGGUCAGAAGAGGGGAAGCUGCAAUUGGAGCUAUCAGGAGAGCAGCAUGAGGCCCACCACAGGUGCAAGCCCACUGUGGGGCAAAAGAAAAGGGGGCAGCUAUCAAGAAAGGGUCCAUGACCGGCCUGAAGCCACCAGGAAGAGACAGAGUGAUGCUAGGGAGCACUGCAGUCGCCUGCUGGGCAACUGCAGCCAGACAGGAGGCAGCUUGUACAGAGUUCAAAGCCUCAGGGAGAAGCUGAAUGUAAUUAGUGCGGGUGGUAAGGAUGGGCUGGACAUAGGCAGUCACAUGAGACAAGGCAGCUUCCGAAAAUCCCACCGAAAAUUAGCAUCUUCACGUCUAGCAGAGUCUGCUUCCAUGGCAAGCCGCUGUAUUAGCUCCAGGAGCCUGGAAAUCGAUAUUGAAUAUGACUCUGAAGAAGAGCAAGACCUGACCUUCUCUCCUAUGCAUACCAGCCAGCUAUGGCCAAAUUGCAAGGUGGAGGAACCCCAGGCCCACCGCAAAGAAUGGAGUGUGUGCUCCAGUCAGUCUGAGCCUGCCCUGUCCAAUAGCAGAAGAGAGCUAAACAGGCAGGAGCCUGUGGAAGAUAAAGGAGCAGAAUGGGCUGGGUCUUCAAGCCACUGCAUACAGUUUCCCUCCAGGGAGGAGACACCGAGGAGUAUGGGCAGCUCUGAGGAGCAAGGUUGGGAACUGGAGUGUAAGCUUCCCAGCUUGAGAAGGAAGCCGGAGCAUCCUCGGAAGGGGAGUCAUGGUGCUUCAUUGCACACAAGGGCUUCUGGUAAUGGAGAGCCUAGGUCACAGGAGUUGCCUGGCUUACCAUCGUGGCAAUCUUCUACCAGAAAAGGAAGCAAAAACUUGAGAAGAAGCCAAGUUUCGAAGCCACCUAUCUCUAGCACAGACGCUACAAGGAAUGCAGCCUCUGAAGCUACUGUUAAAGAAGACUCGGUGAGGAUAUUUGUGGCCCUUUUUGACUAUGAUCCUGUUUCUAUGUCACCUAACCCUGAUGCAGCAGAAGAAGAACUCCCAUUUAAGGAGGGGCAGAUUCUGAAGGUGUGUGGUGACAAAGAUGCUGAUGGUUUUUACCGAGGCGAAUGUGCAGGAAAGGCAGGGUAUAUUCCUUGUAACAUGGUCUCUGAAGUUCAGGUUGAGAACAAUGACACGAAGAAGCAGCUGUUAAAACAAGGUUACAUCCCUCCUGGCACAUCGGUGGAAAGCGUAGGAAAUGGCACGUUUUCUCCACCUCCACGUCGCCUCACUGUCCCUCCUCCGAAACCCAGGCGCUCCAAGAAAGCUGAACUGGAUAAACAAGAAAAUUACAAGCCUCAUCCAACUGAGAACUACAGACCUCGCUCAGUUCACAAAUGUCAGGACCUUGAAGCUGAACUGCUUGUGCCUAGGAGUAUGGUGGCUGUUUUUGACUACAAUCCUAAGGAGAGCUCUCCAAAUGUGGAUGUGGAGGGACUGGAACUCAGUUGGCUGACCUCCAAGGCUGAGCUGACAUUUAGUGCCGGGGAUAUUAUCACGGUGUUUGGGUCCAUGGAUGAUGACGGUUUCUAUUAUGGAGAGUUAAACAGACAGAGAGGCCUUGUCCCUUCUAAUUUCCUGGAAGCUGUGUCUCUGGAUGGAGGAGUUUCUGAGGGACUUCAUUCAAAAGAUAAAGAUGCCUGUGCAGUGAGUGUCGAGAGUCAGCUCAAUUUAGAUGGGCCUGGUGACCUGUCAGCAAACACCUUUGAAGUGCCGCCAUCCUGCCCUGUCACUGGUGUCCCAAGUCCAGAGCAAGUAGUGCUUGAGACUCCUGAAUCCAGUGUUUUGCCUGUUCAAACUAAAAAAAAGAGAGGCUUCUUCUUCAAGGGAAAACAGCUCUUCAGAAAACUAGGGUCCAGUAAGAAGAACUGAAAAUGGAUGUUACUGAACUAUUUAGACCUGUCCAUAAGCCAGGCAUGGACUGUAAAUUCAGGACAUGCCCUCUGCAAUAAACUGACCUGCCACAGAGUAUUUUCAUAAGGAAAAAGUUGACUUUGCUUAUUUACAACUUUCUAGUGGCUCCAUAAACCUAGGUCUCCUUCACAUGGUGUUCACAGAGAGCCCUGUUGCCACUGGGUUGCAUGUCCAGUGAAACUGGCACCUUGGGUGCAAGCAGUGUUCCUGCAGAAGAGCAGUGUGGACAGGAGCCUGGGCACUAGGGAUAUGGCUACCUCCACAGUAGUGUCCUGACUCUGCAUAGCCAGCCAUUCCCUGUAAAUAUUUUAAUUCUAAAGGUGAUAUACUGGCUGUAAUUUAGCUAAAUGGCUGCUCCCAAUAAAGCCCCAGCCCUUUAGGAAUUACUCCUUAGUUGUAAUACUGGGAUUUCUUUGUAUAAUGUGCCCGGGUACUGCUCUAUUCUGUUCAGAUGGGGCUAUUGGCACCCCCUCCACUUCCUGAAAAGAUUGUUUGCACUUGAUUAUCUUCCUGUGAAUCCCCUUUGUUGGCUCUGGGUGGAUGAAUGAGACAUUUGUACUGAAAAAGGUGUAAAUACUCAGCUGUGCCUAGGAGCAUCUCAUUCUGUCUCAGUUGUGCUUCUUUGCGAGGGUUCCCCAAGGAGAAAGGAGACAAUACCCACAAGGCUAUUCUUGCAUUAAGGGGUACAUUCAUAGUUCUGCAUAGAGCCAGGGCUUCCAGAAGGUGGUUGGUGCAUGUUGAUCAUAGCUAUCUGGGGACUCCGCCUUAUUUUUUUUCUUUCUUUUUUGUUUGCUUAUUUAAAUAUUUGACUGACAUAUUCCAAUGGUUGUGUGUUCCUGACUGAGUUUUUGGAGAGCAGAGCUGGGAGCAGAGCCCUGCCAGGGAGUUUGCUGCUGUUUUCAUAUGAGGUAACCUGUCCCUCGCAUUAAGGAUGCAUCCCUUUCUAAGCCAAGGAGUUUUGUACUAUGUGGUUUCUAUCCUUUUAUGGCCAUAUUUAUUUCUUUGCAUGUCUCAAUGGGGUAUUUGUUUUGAGAAAGACAAUUAUGUUUGGUAUUUGAAUGAUGCUAAGGCCAUGUCCACGGGUGUUGGUGUUACAGUAUGUUUUUAUUUAAUAUCAAAUUUUAUUAUAAUAAAGUCUAUUUUCACAAAA